CACCUGCACUGGACACUAAAUACAGAGUGAAAGGAAAAUACCUCUCAGCUGGAAACAGAGGAACAAAUAAUACUGAAGAAAAGCGAGAUCCAGAUUUAUUUAUUUUUUACCAGAGCCAUUUAUUAGACUGAAGAGACCAGCUGCCAAUCCAAGGAUCAGUCUGUGGGUGAGCAUGAUGUCGUUUGUGCCACAGGGCCUCUCCCCACCUCCUUGUGGAACCCAGUACCCUAGCCUCGAACAGGAGCCUCCAGAGUUCAGCCUGUACAGCAACAACUUCUACAGCACUCCAACCCUGCCUAGCCCGCAGCAGGCCACCCCUACUUCCUACGACCUGGGAGACUACACCAGCCCUCCUUCCAACCCUUACUUGUGGUUCAACGGCCCAGAGCUCAACAGUGUUCCCUACCUAGGUGGGCCCACAGGGCCAGUCUGUGGGCCCUAUGUGCCCCAACUCUACAACAUGCAGAGGCCCUAUCUGGGUGCUGGCGCGCCGAGGGGUGGUGUAGGGGACCUGAGCUGGUUCUCCAUGCCCUCUCAGGAGGAGCUGAUGAAGCUAGCCAGGCCACCUUACUCCUACUCUGCCCUUAUUGCCAUGGCGAUCCACGGGGGCCAAGACAGACGGCUCACCCUGAGCCAGAUCUACCAAUAUGUUGCAGACAACUUCCCCUUCUACAACAAGAGCAAGGCCGGGUGGCAGAACUCUAUCCGCCACAACCUCUCCCUCAACGACUGCUUCAAGAAGGUGCCCCGAGAUGAGGAUGAUCCAGGCAAGGGUAACUACUGGACCCUGGAUCCCAACUGUGAGAAGAUGUUUGACAACGGCAACUUCCGUCGCAAGAGGAAGAGGAAGUCGGACUCCCUGCCUGGUGAGGGGGGCUCCUCAGGUUCUGAGUCGUUAGAGUCCAGCCCCAAACACCACAACAACAUGAAUGACGUUUCCAGCUCCUCCGAGCGCGGCCCCUCCCCCAUCUCCUCAGCCCCCUCCCUCUGCCUGAACAGCUUCCUGUCUCAGAUGGCUGAAGUGGGGACGGUAUCAAACACAGUAGUGUCAGAUACCCUCCACAGACCUAGCCUGGCUACAGAGCUGUCCCAACGGGUCUCUCCGGCCCAGAGAUACGGCUCCUACUCCCCCAAUGCUCCGACGCCUCAGUGGGAGGUCUGUAUGUCCCAUCCACAGCAGCCUACCAUUUCCUCCUCUCCUCCCCUCUACCCUGCGGGCUACAGUGACUCUGUCCUCACCCAGCUCAGCAGCCAACUAUACCCAGCCCUGGACUCUGCCUCAAUGCUUUACCCACGGGAAGGCACAGAGGUGUAAAGCACAACUGAUACAUCUACUGGGUCGUUCCACCAAUUAGGUGCCUUCGAGUACUUUAAUUUGCCAGAUUUAAAAACAAAAAAAUUCACCUACUUUUAACAUUCUGUCAUAAAGAGCACUGGUUCAACUUAAUGAAAAACACCCUUUCCCAUCUGAAUAGGCAGUUAACCCACUGUUCCUAGGCCGUCAUUGUAAAUAAGAAUUUGUUCUUAACUGACUUGCCUAGUUAAAUAAAGGUUAAAAAAAAAUGUUUAAAAAAAAAAUAAUAAUAAGUGCCAAGUAACAGGGUUGACCAUCUUAAAUGAGCCAUAAAUCCCCUUGUGACAGGGGGAAUGGAAGCGUGUUGUGUGCAACAGGGAGGGGCAAUUGAAAGCAAAGCUUCACAAAUUAGUGUCUAUUGAUAAAAAAAAUAAUUCUAGCCUGUCUAUCUAUGGGUAACAGGAUUGAGGUAUUAUGCUCGACCCGCUUAGUUUUCCACCACAAAACAGAUUGUAGAGCCAGCUCACCUGCUUUCACGCUAUGAUUUGACUGUUAAAUGUUCAAUGUGUCUUCUGAAAAAAAGAUUUUAAAAGGAAUAGCUUCACCAUAUUUAAAAUUUAAUUUCAGUUCACAUAACAGGAUUGACCUUAAAAUAAAUCACUAAUAACAGUAAAUAAAUAAUCAUCUUUAGAAAUGACUUUGCCAAAGUAACAUAAUAACCAGGGCUUUACAAUGAUGGUGAAAACCUGGAGAAAUGUUGGGGUUAAGUGGGUUAAAAUCUUCCUAGAAGUCACAGAGGGACCUGUCAAAAUGCUGAAGUUUGGCACUUUAGCAAAUCUUUAUUCGUAUUAUAAUUCAGAUGUAUUGAAUUUCCCAUGCACUUCAUUUAAUAUAACAGGCUUUUAAAUAUUUGCGCACAAUUUCUACUUAAAGUAUCAAAAAAAAGGCACUCAUUUUGUGGAACAACCCGUACGGUGUAGUGUAGACCGUAGGGCAGCUUGUCUUCGACAAACUCACUGGAAUGUCUUCCCCAGCAGAGAAUGAAAGUGCACUGAACUCAUACUAAACAGUGGGUGAUUUACAAUGUUUUUUUUCUCUCUCUUAAUUGAUUGUACAUAUGUAUAUUGUUUGCGGUUCCACGUAUUGUCUUCAUAAUAUCAACUGAACUAUCUGUCAAAUGAUUAUUGAGGGAUUCUUGACUUUAGUGAAAACGUGUGGGUUGUGUAUGAGCUGUACAUAAAUGUCAUGUCCUCAUGCUUUUUCAUAUUGGUAAAAUAAAAAACAGCAUAAACAAGA